AUGGCGGCGCUUCGGCUUGAGAGCCAGCCCAGCUGCCUACUUGCGGACUACAACUCCCAGAACCACGCGCGCCGCGGGCGGCCGCCAUUGGCCCGGAGAGGCGCGCAGAGUCGUCCCCGAGCAUCGCGCGCCGCGGGACUCCCUGGCGGAGGACAGGGUGGUAACGCGCGAGGCUGCGCUGGCCAAUCGGAAGCCGCUCGGAGUUCUUCACCCCCGCAGCGCCCCAAAGUUACCCUGGACGGGUUCGGUCGCCAUGGCAACGGGGCAAGCCGCGAUUCGGUUCGCUCCGCGCAGGCGCGCUUCUCCGCGUUCCGGCGCUCCGAACGCGCAACGAAACCGCCCCAAGAUCCCCUCACCUCCCCUUCGCGUCAAGGAGGCAGAAACGCGGGGGAAACCUCGGUUACGACAACCUCGUCAUUUAGCCGAGCCCGAGCGCCCGUUUCAUGGAAGACGUACCCGACGGAAGGUGUUUGUGAAGACAGCGUCUUUCCGACAGCUAGAGCUGCGGGCGGGCGGCCCCCAGACGCUUCCAACCCCGCGCUGCCACGGAGCCUUCUGGGAGCUGUAGUCCGAGCCCGAGCACUGGACCAAGCGUUUCGGGGAAUUAUAGUGAGAGAAAUCCGUCUCAUUGCCGCCUACGCCCGGCCGGGGACCUUAAACCGGGUCGGAAGGUCCCCUUCCCCCUCCAGCCCAGGCCCGCUCGAGCUUGUCCAUUGGGCGGACACGCCUAUCGCCGCGCCUUCUGGGAAACGUAGUCUGACCCUCUGGGAGCUCAGGUGUGUCUACCGCUGGACUAGGACGAGGGCUCUGGCCUCCGGACUACAACUGCCGGAAUGCCGAUGCGGCGGGGUCAGUCUCUCCGGAGUCCCCGGCCGCGCUCUCCCAUUGGUCAGGGGCCGCAGCGCGGGGUUUUCUGGUCCUGGUAGUUACGCUUUGCCGCCGGCGCCGCAGUCUCGUGGAGAGGUUACGCUGGCCGCGCGGCUUGAAUCUGUGGUCUGGGGCCGUCCCGGGCGGUCUGUCCGGAGCCGCGAGCCGGUGGGCGCUGGAGGGAGCGGGUGGGGCUGCAGGUGGCGCCUGGAGGACCUCGGAGUCGGAAGAGGCCAUGGCCGCGGGGCCCCUGGCAGGCCGCCCUCGGGACCUUGGAACCUCAAGCCAGAUACUGUUGCCCUCCUAGAACUUGGAAUAGAGCAAUGCAUGAUGGACAGAGGGCUCUCCCAAGAUUCCCGCCUAGAAAGGAAGAAGAGACCUAAAAGCCAAGAGUUGUCACCAACAGAGGCCUUUGCUAGGAAGGAGUUACCCAGCAGCAUGAACCUGAUGAGGCCCGCAGUGGAUGGUUGCUGGCGUUCUACCACAGCAGAUGGCUGGGAACUUGGGGACGAGUUGGAGAAGCAGAAGACACACAGUGCCAUUUCCGGGCUGACAGGACAUAAACAAGGGCAAGUAGUGACCCGGGUUGGGGACUGGGGAAAUGCUGCAGUUGUGGGAAAAUGCAGCUUCAAUUCAGACUUUUUCUUCACUGAGAUUUCUUGUUAAAGAGUAUUUCUAUCAAAUUGGCUCAACUCAAAGUGUACAGCAUAAUUUUAUUUUAAAAAAUCAUCAGGAAAUCUUGGUGGGGAAGAAACCUUGUAAAGGCAGUCCAUGUGGAAAACCCUCGGGAAACCUGUCGAAGUUGAAUGAGCAUGGUAAAGAUACCAGCCAGAGCGUAUACCUCCUUACACAUGAGAUAAUUAACAUAGGAGAGAAAUUCUAUGGAUGUAAAGAAAGUAGAGAUUUUUUUUAUCUAUAGCUCACCCCUUUCUCAGGUCAUGAGAACUCCUACUAAGGAGAAAUCCUAUGAAUGUAAUGAAUGUGGGAAAACCUUUAAGAAACUUUCA